AAACCUUCUCUCUUGGCCCAGCUGGGUACCCUGGUGAAAUCAGGAGGGAACUUGAACCUGCAAUGCUUCUCAGAGAUCGUAUUUGAGAAGUUCAUUCUGGUUCAGCACAGAUCAGGGAAAACUGAGAGCACUUUGCACCUUGCUGGGGAACUCCAUCAUGGAAGCUCCCAAGCCAACUUCUCCAUGAAUCCAGUGACAUCUGCUCAUGCAGGGACCUACAGAUGUUAUGGUUCUGUCAGUCACUCCCCCUAUGAGUGGUCAGCCCCCAGUGAACCCCUGGACAUUGUGAUCACAGGUGAGGGUACCCAAACCUGCCCUUCAUUCUCUUCGGGAUACAGGCUGGAUAUUCUAGUACGUGGAAAGAAUGUGUCCUUGUCCUGUGCCUCUAAGAGCUCUUUUGACAUGUACCAUCUAUCCAGAGAUGGGGAGGCCCCUGAACGCAGGCGCCCUGCAGUGCGGAGCCACAAUGGUACAUUCCAGGCUGACUUCCCUCUGGGCCCUGUGACCACAACUCACUGUGGGACCUAUAGAUGCUACGGGUCUUUCAGUGGCUCUCCCUAUCUGUGGUCAGCCCCAAGUGACCCAACGCACCUUUCUGUCACAGAUAACUCCAGCUCCCUGCAUGCUCUGAUCAGGUUCUCCGUGGUCACCAUCCUCCUUACCAUCCUCCUUUUCUUCCUCAUUCGUCGCUGGUGUCCUGCCAAAAAGAAUGCUGCUAUGGUGGGCCAAGAACAGUGA